UUGGGGAUGGAAUAUUGAUUGUUAACAAGGGAAAAAAUAUGGAAAAUUCGUAUAAAUAUGUGGGGUUCCGUGCCAUUUUGGAGUGUUGUUGGUAACUACCAGUCCUUUUUCGUCAACACAAGUGAAGAAGUACAGAAACAGAAACAGAAAUUUGGAGACCUACGAAUAGAAUCGUAUUCAUAUGCUGGUGCUGUUGAUGUUGCUGCAUGCCUACGCCUCAUAGCAUUAACGUUAUAUUGUCGUGUUCAGGACCGACAAUAAUCUUCUGCGGUUAUUAAUUUCAAGUUUUUUCAAACAAUCGAGUGUUGUCUUUUUCUUCUUCUCUGGAAAGGGUUUCAGAUUGAGUUGUUUGUUGAACAAAAGCUGCAACAAAUAACAAUGGCAAAGAUGGAGAGGUUUCUGUUGGCCCUGCAAAAUCAGGGCACAGCAGGAGCAGGGGGACAAUCCUUGUUGGGGUCCAUCAAAAUCGCAGUGUUGCCCAUAGUUAAAGUGUUCACCAUGUGUUUCUUGGGAUUUCUUAUGGCUUCCAAGUAUGUUAACAUCUUGAAUGCUAACGGAAGGAAGCUUUUGAAUGGGCUGGUGUUUUCACUCUUGCUACCCUGCUUGAUAUUUUCCCAAUUGGGACAAGCUGUUACCUUGCAGAAGAUGCUUGACUGGUGGUUUAUUCCUGUGAAUGUUCUUCUGGGUUCUAUAUCAGGCUCACUCAUUGGUUUUCUUGUUGCCUCCGUCGUCCGUCCCCCGUACCCUUUCUUCAAGUUUACAAUUGUACAUAUUGGAAUUGGGAAUAUUGGGAAUGUGCCACUUGUCCUGAUUGCUGCCUUAUGUCGAGACCAAUCCAAUCCCUUUGGAGACUCAGAUAAAUGUAGCACAGAUGGAACUGCCUAUAUAUCAUUUGGCCAGUGGGUUGGUGCUAUCAUCCUAUACACAUAUGUAUUUAAUAUGUUGGCGCCUCCUCCUGAAGGCACGUUUGACAUUGAUAAUGAAAGCAUUCUCUUAAAGAGUAAUUCUAAGAGUGAUGGUUUACCUGAACAAGUUCCAUUGCUUAAUCAGGCAGAGGAGGUCACUUUAACAGAUCCAAAUACUUCAAAGAAGUGGAAGGUGAAGAUUAAAGAUUUCUUAGCCCACCUAUAUGAGAAGUUAAAGCUUAAGCAAAUUCUUCAACCCCCUAUCAUUUCAUCGAUUCUAGCCAUGGUACUUGGUGCAGUCCCAUUUCUAAAGCAACUGAUCUUUACACCUGAUGCUCCGCUGUUCUUCUUCACUGACAGCUGCAUCAUUCUUGGGGGGGCCAUGAUUCCUUGCAUUCUGUUGGCAUUGGGAGGCAACCUUAUUGAUGGUCCUGGAAGUUCCAAACUUGGUUUUAGGACAACUGCUGCAAUUAUUUUUGCGCGGUUAGUUUUAGUGCCUGUUGUUGGACUUGGCAUUGUCAUGUUGGCUGACAAGCUUGGUUUUCUACCCCCUGAUGAUAAGAUGUUUCGAUUUGUCCUACUCCUGCAGCAUUCAAUGCCUACAUCUGUCCUUUCAGGUGCUGUUGCUAAUUUAAGAGGUUGUGGAAGGGAGGCAGCUGCUGUACUGUUCUGGGUCCAUAUCUUUGCUGUAAUCUCAAUGGCAGGAUGGAUUGUUCUAUAUCUAAACAUACUAUUCUGAGACUGAAGAGAGCUAUAAUGGUUUUAUAGUAGUUUUGUAAUUUAAUCCCAUUAAUUUUGUCUAGUGCAGAAAUACUAAUGUUUUGUCUAGUGUGCCUACAUAUGCUAAUCAUGGUCAUGAUGUCUGCCGUCUACUGAUUGAUGAUGUUGAUUAGAAGAAGAGCUGGAAAACUUGUUCCCUCUUCAAAGUUUAAUGGUUAUUUUAAAUCGUAGGUCUAGUUACUAUUCCAAGCUGGUUUGGAGAACCCAUUCUCUAGCAAUAUACUGGAAUAUUUUCCCAGUUCAUUAUUAGGAUAGAGACAAAAGGAAUCAUCAAUAAUUAUAUUCACAUGCCAGGCUUGAAUAUGUUCACAUCA